AUGAUUGGCUUUGUUGUACAUUACCAGCACCAGAGGAAUAACACAUCAAAGUCAGUAUUUGUCAGACAAAUGAUGAAUGAUUUUGAUUCAAUUGAGACAAAGAUACACAAAGUAGAACAGGAUAUUCGGAAAAACCAUGAAACCAUUCGUGAAAUUAAAAAGAUUCUUCGUCGGAUUGCAGGGGGAGACAAAUCUGGUAUAAAUAAACUGAAGCAUCUUUUUGACAGGGAGGAUCAUGAACACAUACAGAAGGACAAAGAAGUAGUAGAAAACGUGCUGAAACAUGAACUUGACAGUGUACAGCAUGCACCACGGGCAGAAGUUUUACUUCCAGAUGGAAUCUGCCCUGCAUUUAAGACACAAGCUAAAUCUGAUAUCAUGAUUCGAAAAGUUUAUGAUACAUUAGCAUUUGACAACAUUGAUGGAGGUGUAUGGAAGCAGGGAUGGAACAUUACUUAUGAUCCCAAGCAAUGGGAUAACACUGAGAAACUUCAGGUGUUUGUUGUGCCUCAUACUCAUAAUGACCCAGGAUGGAUAAAAACAUUUGUUAAUUAUUACCAGCAACAGACAAGAAGUAUUUUUGAGAAUAUGGUUGAACAGCUUGAAUUAAAGAAAGAGAUGAAACUAAUCUAUGCUGAGAUGUCAUUUUUUUCACUCUGGUGGGAUGAAAUUUCCCCCGAGAAACGAAAAAGGGUAAAAACCCUUAUUGAAAAGGGCCAACUGGAAAUAGUAACCGGAGGUUGGGUAAUGAAUGAUGAAGCAAAUGCUCACUAUUUUGCUAUUAUUGAUCAGCUUAUAGAAGGUCACUUGUGGUUAAAUGGUACACUAGGUGUGAAGCCUCAAGCUAGUUGGUCAAUUGAUCCUUUUGGUCUUUCACCAACAAUGGCUUACAUUCUGAAGAAAAUGGGCUUUAAAGAUAUGUUGAUCCAGCGUGUACAUUAUUCUAUCAAGAAGCAUCUGGCCAAGUCUAAAGAACUGGAAUUUAUGUGGAGACAAGAAUGGGAUAAUACAGGCCGUACAGAUAUAUUUUGCCAUAUGAUGCCGUUUUAUUCCUAUGAUAUCCCACACACAUGUGGGCCUGAUCCCAAAGUCUGCUGCCAGUUCGAUUUUAGGCGUUUGCCAGGGUUGCGGUACAGUUGUCCAUGGAAAAUUGCUCCUGUACCGAUUUCAGAAGAUAAUGUGGCGUCUAGAGCAGAAACAUUACUUGACCAAUACCGCAAGAAAGCACAACUUUACCGACAGAAUAUACUUUUUGUUCCUUUGGGAGAUGAUUUCCGCUAUUUAAACAUUUUCUCCCUUCUUUCAUAA